AUUCUAAAACUAAAGACUUUUCUUUUAAUGAAAGCAAUGCAUGGCUUAGGCUUUAUCAUAUGACUCCACUAGUGAAGCUACUUGGAGCGUGUCAAUGAAGGAAGAAGAAACACACACAGAUAAAUUUGCAGUUAUCUCCACUAGACUACCAGAUCGCCUCUUACUCUCAAAGCUUGUACUUCUUUUUCUCACUUAGGGAUGGCUCUACAUUUAGUCUUUCUUGCUUUCUUCUUGUGUCACAGUAGUAGUGUUCUUGUGGUUUCACUGAAUGAUGAAGGUUUCGCUCUCCUGUCAUUCAAAGAAGCCGUAGGAGGCUACCAAGAUUGGUCUCUUGACAACUGGAACUCUUCGGAUGCGAAUCCAUGUUCUUGGAAUGGAGUUACAUGUAAAGAAGAAAAGGUUAUUUCUCUCAGAAUUCCAAACAAGAUGCUUUCCGGGUUUCUUCACCCUGCUCUCGGGACACUUGUCGCACUUCGCCAUGUCAAUCUCAGGAAUAACAAUUUAUAUGGAGGCUUGCCAUCUGAGCUCUUCAAUGCAAAAGGGUUGCAAAGCUUAGUCCUUUCAGGAAAUUCAUUUUCUGGUCCUGUACCUCCAGAGAUAGGGACCCUCAAUUACCUGCAAAUAUUAGAUCUUUCCAAUAACUCAUUCAAUGGCUCCAUACCUUCAUCUUUGGGUCAAUGUAUGAGAUUAAAGUCACUUGUUCUUAGUAGGAACACUUUCUAUGGCUCUCUCCCAGUUAGGUUCGGAAUCGACUUGAUUUCCCUUCAAAACCUCAAUCUGUCCUUCAACAUAUUAAGUGGAUCAAUCCCCAGUAGCAUAGGUAAUUUGUCAAGCUUGCAAGGAACACUAGAUCUUUCUCAUAAUUCCUUCAAUGGUUCCAUUCCUCCAAGCCUCGGAAGCCUUCCUGAGACGCUUUAUAUUGAUCUCAGUUACAACAAUCUCAGUGGCUCCAUACCAGUAAAUGCUGUGCUAUUGAAUUCAGGACCAACAGCUUUUAUUGGCAACCCUCUGCUAUGUGGAACUCCCUUGAAAGUUCCAUGUUCUUCAAGCACUCAAGAUGGAAAUGAUCAAUCCUUGGCUCAAGACCCAUCUCUGAGUUCAGGUACCAACUCUGUCAGGAGUGGGAAAGGUAGCAGCUACUCAAGUGUCAUGACUAUAACUAUUGUUUUUGCCGUAGCUGGAAUAUGCCUUAUGGGACUGGUGUUCACUUACUGGUACAAAAAGGUAUGGACCUGUAAAGGCCUCAAACACGGUGGUGGCGGCUGCAACUGUAAAGAGACUCUCACUAUCAAGAAUGAGAUUUCCUGUUUCAGAAAAGAUUACCUGGAGACUCUCUCAGAGAAUCCUGAGAAUUAUGGUUUCAUUCCAUUAGACUCAAAUAUCGAUUUUGAUCUCGAGAACCUUCUGAGAGCGUCCGCAUUUCUUCUUGGUAAGAGUGGCAUUGGGAUUCUCUAUAGAGUUGCCCUUGCAAAUGGAAUAACUGUGGCAGUAAGAAGAUUAGGAGAUGGAGGCUCCCAGAGGUUUAAGGAGUUCCAAACUGAAGUCGAAGCAAUCGGAAAGGUUAGGCAUCCAAAUAUUGUCAGCCUCCGAGCUUAUUGCUGGUCUGUUGAUGAGAAGUUGCUCAUCUAUGACUACAUACCAAAUGGAGAUCUUGCCACUGCAAUUCAUGGAAAAGCUGGAAUUGUAUCCUAUAAACCUCUUCCAUGGCCUGUCCGUCUAAGAAUCAUUAAAGGAAUGGCGAAAGGCUUGGCUUUUCUUCAUGAAUUCAGUCCAAAGAGGUAUAUCCAUGGAAGUCUGAAGCCUACCAAUGUUCUACUAAGAGAGAACAUGGAACCCUGCAUCUCAGAUUUUGGAAUUGGUCAACUUGUUAACAUAUCUGAAGAGUACCUGACAGAACAAACAACACCAGUUACACCACAACAAAGUUCCCCUUACCAUUUCACCACAGCAAAUUUGUCCAGUACCAGAUCUUAUUAUCAAGCUCCCGAGGCCUCGAAAGUCACAAAGCCCUCACAAAAAUGGGAUGUUUACUCAUAUGGAGUUGUUAUACUAGAGUUGAUUUCAGGGAAGUCGCCAAUGGUUCAAAUGGGUUCUCUCAAAAUGGAUAUAGUUCGAUGGAUUCAGCUGAGCAUCGACGUUGGGAAGCCACUCUCAGCUGUAUUGGAUCCCUUCUUGACUAGAAACCUGGAGAUAGAAAAUGAAGUAUUUCUUAUCAUUAAAAUUGCUCUAGCCUGCGUUCAUAAGAACCCUGAUAAGAGGCCUUCCAUCAAGUAUGUGAGUGACUAUUUGGACAGACUAGCCUAAUCCGCUUAACCAGGGCUAAGCUACUAUCGUGACUGAAGAUUCAUGGUAAUUAAUGAAGUGACUUGAAGACUACUGUGUCAUUAUGUGGCCAGAUCCAAAUCCCUUCUUUUGAAAUUCUCUAAUUUCUUCUGUCAUUGGCAACUAAACAAUAUACAGUUCCUCUCUAGUAUUGUACAUGGUUUUAUA